CUUCUUACUACAACCAUAGCCCAACGUUCUGCUCAUUGUCCGUAAGAAUGCGCUGCUCCUCUACCGUUAAGCUCCUUCCAGUACUCGCACUUUUUGCCCAGGCUGCACCUGCCGUCUACCGUGAUCCAGGCGACAGUUUGCUUCCCGCAAACAUUGCUCUCCCAGAUCUCCCUUUCCCUUCCAAGGUCAGCACUGCUGCGAACCCCCUCAACGAUGGAAUCAACGAGGCUCGGGACUUUGGGGAGAUUCUCUCUGGUGCUGAAUCCAUCUGGGACGAAGCAACAUCCGCUGCCGCCUCCAUCCUUCAUGAAACUACUAAGAUCGCAUCUCUCUUGGAUAAAGCUACUGCCGCCAUUGGCAGUGUGGCCGCGAUCGUCACCAGCGAGGCGGCAAAGGUGGUCGACGACUUGACAGACCGGGCGGUUGUCGUCACCGAAUCCGACAAGGAGUAGAUGGAGACACAGAGCAAUACUUAUGAGACUCCUAUAUAUUCUUCUGAAGAGAAGGCAGUAGUCUUAAUCCCUUAUACAGACCGCUAUUGUUUCAAGAACUUGAUUCUGUGGAUUAAUGUCUAGCGUAUAUAGCAGGCCUAUAACACAUGAAUAGACUCAUGAUAUGCAUACCCUUUGAGGAUAUUUGAAGGUCUUGGCUUGCUCCA